AUGUAUCAUUCAAUUAAACUACUUCGAAAUAAUACGCGCACGCUUAUUUCUUUUAAUGGCAAGUUAAAUUUACCACCAACAAGAACAAUAACUUCACUACUUAAUAAUAAAAAUUUAAAUUCUAAACAGGAGCAACAACAGCGAGAAAUUAUAGAUUUUAAACAGGAAUUAUCGUCUAGAUUUUACAAAGCGAUUGAUGAUAACCCAAUCGAUCCUGCAAAAUUCAGACUCAAAGAUGAUGUCCCGGGAUUUGUAAAACAAACAGGAUCAUUUAAAAAAAUCUUUGAUUCAGCAACCAAAAAUUUAGAAUCACCACCUUCACCGUAUGAUUUAACACUUUCAUCACUAUUAACGGCUAAUUUACAUUUAGGACAUUCAACCUCGCUUUGGAAUCCAAAAACAUCACCAUUUAUUUUUGGAAUAAGACAUGGUAUAAAUAUAAUAAAUUUAGAUUACACAUUGAUCUAUUUACGUAGAGCAUGUAAAGCAAUAAAAGAAAUUUCAUAUAAUGACGGUAUAAUAUUAUUUAUUAACACGAGAGGAGGAGGAUUUUCUAACAGUAUUAUAAAAGCUGCUAGACGUUGUAAUCAGUAUCAAUUGACAACCCGUUGGUUACCUGGUACUAUAACCAAUUCUCAACAAAUUUUAGAAAAUGAAAUUGUACUUGAGGAGGCAAGGCAGGGUAAUGUUCCUACUAUUGGAGUAAUUGAUACGGAUUUUGACCCUAAUAAAGUUACUUGGCCUAUACCUGCCAAUGAUGAUUCCGUUAGAGGGAUUGAAUUAUUGGUAGGAGUACUUAGUGUAGCAGCUAAAGAUGGCCUAAUACAAAGAAAAUUAAUGCUGGAUAAAAUUGAGAAAGAACGAAGGAGAGGUAAAUAG